AUGGCUGAACCAAAUACUGCCAUUCCUCAACAGGAAUCUCCUGUUGUUGAACAACAACAACAACAACCUAUUCAACAACAAGAACAUAUCGAAUCUACCUCUUCCCAGCCUAAUGAGGACCUCAAUGAAGUCGACAUUGCUGAGACAAUGGCCAUUGCCUCAGGCGUUUAUACCGAUAACAGAAGCAAACUCAAAAGUGCAUUCCUCAUCAAGGAUAUGAAUGGCCCAUCAAAUGAAGAUUCUACAUCGCACAAGGGUAAAUCAAAACACCACCACCACCACCAUCAACACAAGCACAUUUCAGAACAACCAUUUACAUGGAAUAACUGGCACAAACAUAUCAACUGGGUUAACACUAUCAUUGUUGUCAUUAUUCCAUUCAUUGGUCUCGUUGCUGCCCCAUUUACUCAUCUUAGCAUUAAGACGGCUGUCUUUGCUUGUCUCUGGUACUUUUACACAGGUCUCGGAAUUACUGCAGGCUAUCAUCGCAUGUGGGCUCACCGUGCUUACCGUGCUGCUUUCCCUCUUCGCAUUUUCCUUAUGAUUGGUGGCUCUGGUGCUGCUGAAGGUUCCAUCAAGUGGUGGUCUAAUGGUCACCGUACCCACCACCGUUACACAGAUACUGAUAAGGAUCCUUACAAUGCUCGUCGUGGCUUUUGGUUCUCACACAUGGGCUGGAUGGUCUUUAAGCAAAACCCCAAACUUAAGGCUCGCACUGAUAUUUCUGAUCUCAUUGAAGACCCCAUUGUUCGCUUCCAACACAGACACUACAUGCUUAUUCUUCUCUUCUCCUCCUUUGUCUUGCCUACCCUUAUUGCUGGCUUUGGCUGGGGCGACUGGAUCGGUGGUUUGGUGUAUGCUGGCAUUCUCCGCAACCUCUUUGUCCACCAGUCAACCUUUUGCGUCAAUUCGCUUGCCCACUGGAUUGGUGACCAGCCCUUUGAUGACCGCAGAUCCCCCCGUGACCACGUCCUUACUGCUCUCGUCACUCUUGGUGAGGGUUACCACAAUUUCCAUCACGAGUUCCCCUCUGACUAUAGAAAUGCCCUCAAGUGGUACCAGUACGAUCCUACCAAGAUUUUCAUUUACUCAAUGUCUCUUGUCGGUCUUGCUUAUGACCUUCAGCGUUUCUCUCAAAAUGCUAUUGAACAAGGUCUUGUUCAACAAAAGCAAAAGAAGCUCGACAGAUGGAGAUCCCGCCUCAACUGGGGUGUCCCCAUUGAACAGCUUCCUGUCAUUGAAUUUGAGGAGUUUAAGGAGCAAUCCAAGACUAAGGCUCUUGUUUUGAUUUCUGGCAUUGUCCAUGAUGUGACUAACUUUAUUGAGUCUCACCCUGGUGGCCGUGCUCUUAUCAAGACUGCCAUUGGUAAGGAUGCUACUGCUGUCUUUAACGGUGGUGUCUACGACCACUCCAAUGCUGCCCACAAUUUACUGGCCACCAUGCGUGUCUCAGUCAUUAGAGGCGGCUGUGAGGUUGAGGUUUGGAAGAAGGCUCAGACUGAGAAGAAGGAUGUCAACCUUGUUUCUGAUUCUACUGGUGAUAAGAUUGUUAGAGCCGGCCUUCAGGCUUCCAGAGUUAUUUCUAGCACUGGUGUUUCUGGCCGUGCUGCAUAA